AUGGCGGUCCCCGUGAGAACUUACCAGCCGGAAUUAUCCCAAGCAAUCAACAGAGGGUUGGAGGAGCCCCGGGUUGCACAAUCAGCAGACGAAUCAUCAUACUUCACACACAACAACCCUCCUCCGUACCUUGGUAGUGUUGAAAAGUCGGUCCAGGAUUUCUUGAAUAUUCAUGGUCGCUGUAAUCUUGUAUUAAUCACAUCUGGAGGAACCACUGUGCCGCUUGAGAACAACACAGUUCGUUUCAUUGAUAACUUCUCUGCCGGGACUCGAGGCGCGAUAUCCGCAGAGCAGUUUCUUGACCGUGGGUAUAAAGUGAUCUUCUUGUAUCGUGAACUCAGUUUCAUGCCAUUUCUCCGGCAUUUCACUACGGACCCUAACCAUGAGAAUUUCUUGGAUUAUGUUGAUAACCGCCAUCUAGGGAUCAAGAAGGAAUACACUGAGAAGCUCCGCAAGAUCCUUGAGCAAUAUGAUUACCACAAGCAGCAUCACAAUAUUUUGACAGUUCCAUUCACCACUGUCAAUCAGUAUCUCUACACAUUGAAGCUGAUUUGUGAAACUUUGGCAGGGCACUACGAAGAAGACACUUCAAAGGUGGCGAUUUAUCUUGCGGCGGCGGUAAGUGAUUUCUACAUCCCAGAAUCAAAGCUUCCAGACCACAAGAUACAGUCAGGAGGAGGAGGAAGAGGAGGAGGAGAAGGAGAACAAGAGUCGCAAACUCUGGGACAUAUCAUCUCCACCGCGAACAGCGGUCUAACGAUCUCAUUGUCCCCGGUACCAAAGUUUUUGGCACGAAUCGUUGAUUCUUGGUGUGGGGGCGCCAUGGUGAUCUCAUUCAAAUUGGAGACUGAUGAUAAUCUCUUGUACAGCAAAUGCACAGGGUCGUUGAGCAAGUAUGGCCAAAGCUUGGUGAUUGGGAAUCUUCUUCAAACAAGGAAGCGUGAAGUGAUGUUUGUGGAUAAGGACGAGGACGGCGAGUACCGGCACGUGUGGCACCGGUUGGAAGACCAUAACCGGGGAGGCACCAAGACGGUGGGGACGAUCGAGGAGGCAUUCAUUCCGUUGGUGGCAGAGUUGCAUCGUCGGUGGGCCAGGAAGUGA